AAAUGGACUAUUCCGACUCCAACGCUGGGCAAGUCCAUUACACAUAUAUAGAGUGAUCAAUUCAAAUAUCUGAUGUCAGAUAAUGAGAAUCAGUGCCAACGGAAUAUAAUAUCUGAUUGUAACCCUGUUAAAUUAACAAGUCUUCAGCUUAACAUAAAGUUAUUGAAGUUUUAUUAUAUACGUAUUGUAUAUAGGGUAUCAUUGAACGCAUCUUCAAACGGAACAAAACUUUAACAAUGAUUAUCUGGAUCUUAUUCGUGUGUGCAGAAUUUGGCAGAAUUUAAAACCCUUGUAUAUUAAAGUGGUGUAAUAAGAUAUUUGAGAAUUUCAUCUGUAAUUGUAGUAAUUAUAGCGCAAGAUUUUAAUUCACGAUACAAAUUGAUACGGAUUCAUUUUUCAUCAGUGAAUGGGCGGAUUUGAUUAAUACCAUAUUUGGGAUAAUGCUAGUAUUUACGCAAUUUUGUGUGUUUAAGAUGCGGAAAGAAUAAGCUUACUUGAUUUUAAAUCUCGAAUCUUUUGAAAAUGCGACUGAAGAAAGUGAGCGACUAUCUCGUGCAGUUGUUCGAAGCGCCACCUGGCGAGAGGUCGGACAGAUCAAUCAACGCCAUCUUGCCAAUUCUGACCAUGAAAACAACAUGUUUCCGCUCAAUUGACAAAGAUGUCGUAGCGUUCAUCUUACAAAGAGCAAAGCUUGAGAAACACGCGGAAGAUGACGUCAUUGUCAAACAAGGAGAAGUUGGAGAUACAUUUUACAUCAUCUUGAAAGGAUCUGUGUCUAUUUACCUUGAUGUCAAACAAGAUGGUAAAGGAAUUAUUUCUGAAGACAAUCCGUCAUUUCCGUUUCCGCCUCCACGGCGCAUGUCCAUGGUCACAGAACCGGAUGUUGACUCUGAUGAUAGACAUGGUAAAUCUACGAGUGGCAGGUCUCGUAGAGAGUCAAUUCACGCAAAUCUUGGGCGACCAGAUUCAAAAACGAUGCGCCCAACAUCAAGGACAACUCGUCCGACAUCAAAGAACACUCGUCGUAACUCAAGAAGACAGAGCAUGUUUGUUAAGGACAAGAAAGAUGAGAAAAAGUCCAGGAAGAAGUUUGGACAGUGUGUCAAUACGCUUGGUCAGUACCAAGCAUUCGGGGAGUUGGCCCUGAUUUACCCAAACAGACAGCGGAAUGCUUCGGCUAUUGCUGAAGAAGCCACGGAAGUUCUGGUCAUAUCGUAUGAAAUCUUUGAGAAAACGUUACAGGAAGCGCUCGAACAAGACCUUGAUGAAAAGCGAUUGUUCAUACAGACACACCCUUUCUUCUCAAAAUGGAACAUUCCCCAACAACGCCAGCUUCAGUGGUCACUUGUCCGCAGUGAACAUAGAAUUGGCGAUCACGUGAUCAAACAAGGAGAUAAUGUGAAUGGGCUUACAUUUCUAGUGAGCGGAAGAGCAAAAUUGGCAGCAGAACCAGCACGCCAUAGAACGCUGUUCCCGGAACUAUUUGUCAAGCCAAAGAAAGGUUUAUUUGAGAAGGAAGAAAUGACAAAUGAAGCGGCCAUCCGCGAGGAUUCGUCUUUAUCGGAAAUGGCAGAUGGUAUUCGCUUGAACAAGAGCAGAAAACAUAUACUAGCAGGGAUGGAUCCAUUAACAUACAUACGCAGAACCGAUGGGUACGCAGCCGCUGAGAAAGUUAUGUUCGACAAAUUUGUCGACCUCUGUAACGUUGAAGAAGGCGAAGUCAUUAGCGACUUUGAACUUUUGCUGGGACUCGAAAAGAAUAUUUUCAGCGUUAUUUGCACGAGCGCUUGUACCUUUUUUCACCUUGAAGCUAAGAUCUUUGACCGUUUGAUUUACAAGAAAAACCCACAUACUCUGAGUAUGAUGAAAUUUUUAGCAGAAACAAAGCUGUCGAGAAGACUUUCUUCUAAACAAGGUCACCGGAUGCCCAUCCUCUCCCCUCUUUUGUUUCAAAUCCUUGACAUUAGGGUUGUUGAUCCAAAUGAAGAAAAGGGGGACCCAGGAAGCAAACCAUUUCCUAGUGUAGUUAAGUCUUCGACGCUUCCAAAACCGCCACCGAUUCCAAAAGUGGAACGAUCUAAAACCGUGCUGAUUGAUUGGUUCGUACACGGGAAAACCCCUUUACUUCAGCCAAUCAACAAAGACGCGAUAUUAUACCGCGAUAUGAUCCAAAAGCGAGCGAAAUUUAGAGAAAUGGAGCGAGAAAGAGGACCGAAGGAGUCCAAAGAAGUGAAAUCACUCGGAAGGAGAAUAAAAGACUCGUACUGGUUUAAUUUAAAGGAAAAAAGACGGGCUGUAAAUACCAUGAAACGCUUACAGCUGCAAAAUUCGGAGAUGACACCAGUGUCUCGAUGGAAAUAGAUUUUGGCGAAAUUCGUGAAUGAUAAAUAAGCAAACAUUGUGCUAUAAUUAUGUUGUUACCGUUACUGUUGUAUUUAUAUAAAGUUCUUUUUAUCUUGUUACAAGUCAGUCAUAUUUUAAUGCAAGAAAUUGAUAUACAUGUACUUACAAAUAAAAUACAAAAAGACAUUUUAUACUAACAGUUGUUUCACAAAGCCACUGACAGUUAUGAAUCAAAGCAAAACAAGAAAUUGCUAAAUUACGGCUAAAUGAAAAGCAUGAAACUUCUUUUGAACGAGAAAAGUAAUAUAUUGAAUAAAAAAACCCACUAUUAUGAACGUAUUUUUCAGAUAAACCUGUUUUGUUGAAAUAAAAUAUUUUUAACAUUUUAGGCUGUUAUUAUUAAGUAACAAUUAACCUCUAUAAGUUAUGAUUUUUCGUAACAGCCAUGGAACAAUUUGUUUUAAUACUUUUCAUAUUUCACUUUAUAUAUUGUAAAAGAGUACGGUCUCCUGCUAUUAAAACUAAGAAUUACAUAAAGUCACUUCGGCGUUUUCAUAUUUCUACGAAAGCAUUUUAUU